UAAAAUUGCACAUGCAUUAUAUUGACAGCCAUUAUUAUCAAUGACAGCUGAAAUAUGAUAGUGAACGAAUCGAUUGGAAAUAACAUUGUAAAAGCAAUGAUAACAGAUUAUGUCGAGUGAAUAUUAAAUUCCAAUCUUACAUCUAAACUUCCAACUGCCCCUUUGCUUAACAUGCAGACACUACAUCAUCAUUUUUUGUGCACAAUUUGCAUCAUGUUUGGAUCUCUUUUGUAAACAAUAUAUCACCGAGAUAGCUUGAAUGUCUUUAUACAUGUAAUGUUACAGAGGUAGGAUUUUUAUUAGACAUAGAAUUAUACUGAAUUAAUGUGAUAGAACAAUUUUCAAUUUCUAAUAUGUCAGGAUCAUUCGAAUUAUCUUUUAAAUUUUGAAUUCAGUGCACAAUCCUAUGUUCACAAUAAUCUCAACAAUGACACACAGAGUGUAGAAAUGUAAAUGCAUGUUACAAAUGCAGGAUUAUUCCAGCCUGCUAGAGGUUCAUGAUGAGAUACUUUUGACCUGGUGCCGCGUAUAUAAGGGACGUUGACCGAGGCUCUAACUUGUUGGAGUAAUGCAGGAUAUAUAUCACUUUAGCUCUAAAGGAUCCAAACUUGAGCAGGCUACUUAUGAAGUGAUUCUGGAUCCCAAUAAAGAUGUCGCUUCUUAUGAUGCCCACAGAUCAAAGAAAUCGCAUCCAGCAGUCAAGAAACUAUCUUUCCCUCCUAAGUCCCGUAAAGGCAUGACAGUUUGCAUCGACCAUGGAUGGCAAAAAAGGGGGUUUGACAGUGUAACAGGGCAUACAUUCAUGAUGAGCAAAGAAAAUAAGGUUUUGAAGGCAGUUGUAACACACCGCACUUGUGGAGUAUGCAAAUGGUGGAAGAGAAAUAGACCAGGAGUAAAAGUUAGGGAACAUCGUUGUGUGUGGAAUCACAGAGGAUCUGCCAGGGCCAUGGAGAGUGAAGCAGGCCUGAAAGCCAUCAAGGAUAUGAUCCAAGAAGGUACUCCUGUAGAUGUAAUAGAGGGUGAUGGUGAUAAUACUCUUGUGGCUCGUAUACAUAAGAGUCUUGGAGUGACUGUUAAGAAAAAAAUUGACAGGAAUCAUUGCAUAAAAAACAUAGUCAAACUUCUCUAUGAUCUUCGCAAUAGGAAGGAUGUUAAAAUCAGUAAUAUGGUAAUUCAACAUCUCCAUAAGUGCAUAAAGUAUGUAUUUAGUAAAAACCAAGGUGAUGUAGAUGGGAUGCGUGAGAACCUACAGGCACUUAUACCUCACCAGUUUGGAGAUCACAACCAUUGUCAUGCUCGCUUCUGUGGUUACAAGCGAGUAGGAAUCACACAGAAAUAUGCACACAGAAGUGUGCCAUACAAAGCACCACUUAGUGACCCUUUACUACAUGAAAAACUUGAUUUACUUUUUGAACCAGUUAUUGCUAAGUCUGCCAUGUAUGUUGACCUUGGCUCCAGUCAAGCAUGCGAGUAUGCAAAUCGUGCAGCGAUGCUGAAGGCCCCUAAACAUUUACAUUAUGGGGAGAGUGAAAGCCUAGAUUUCCGCAUUCAUGCAACAGCAGCCAGCAUAAAUAUUGGAAGGAAAUAUCUCUCAGAGGUCUACUUUAGCAUUGAAGUUUUAGUUCCAAUGAUGUUUCUGUUUUGGGUUUUGAGUUGUUUUCAGUAAAAAUGGGCUUUCCCCUGGUCACUUCAACAUGAAGUUCUCCAACAAAGUGGAUGAAUACAGGGUGAAACGAAGGGAGAAGAUGAAAUUGCCAGGGACAAAACGCAGACGUCUUAUCCUAAAACAAGAAAGAGCAAUGCAAAUGAAUGCAUCCGAGGCAUCUGAGGGGUCCACCUAUCAAUCAGAGAUUGGUUUAGGUACAGAGGCUGACAUUGAACAGAUUCCGAAUCCCAUUCCCAAGCCAAAUUUUGGUGCUGUCCAAAAUCUGAAGAACAUGGAGGCAAAGUACAUUAUAUUUGAUCUUGAAACUACAGGCCUUAUCAGACAAGGAGCUAUGCCUCAUAUAACUCAAAUUGGCGGAGUGGAGAUAGAGUCUGGAAAUGUGUUUUCAACUUAUGUUCAGCCAAAGAUUCCAAUAGAGCCCGGAGCAGAAGAAACAACAGGAAUAGUCUGUGAUGGGACCUCUGUAUUUGCACAUGGAUCCAAGGUUACUGCAGUCCCCAUACGUGAAGCGAUAUUGAACUUCGAUUUCCGUGUCCUUUCCCAUGCCAUUGACUGUAUUGGAUUACAGGAAGACUUUCUAGAAAUAGUGUCUGGUUUUACUGACUCAUUGUCUUUGAUUCGUUCAAAACAUAAGAAACUUGAAAAGUAUUCACAGAUUUUUUUAGCUAAGCACUUCUGUAAUGAGACUUAUUCUGCACAUGAUGCAGUGGAUGCACAUGAUGCAGUGGAAGAUGUAAAAAUGCUCUCAAAAUUUUUAUCAGUUGCUGUUUCACAAAGUGAAUUGUCAAAAGCUGCAUAUGAUGCAGAAACCCCUUUUCUUCAAGAUAAGUUUAAUUCCGCAAAAACAUUAUAUCUGCCAUCAUUGAAUAUUCUGGUUGGUAAUGGUGUUAUGAAAAUGAACAUGGCAGAGAAUGUUGCAGGCUCCGGACUUGGCCUGCAUCAUCUGAAACUAAUACAUAAGCGUUCUGGUGAAGAUGGUCUGCGCAAUAUUUUUUGUGCCCAAACCUCUUGUGGUAAACCACGAGUUACGAGUGAUUGUAAGGUUUUGGAUUAUGUAGUACCUAAAUUAUGUCAGUUUUUUUCACAAUAGAAAUGUUGUCUUCUAUUACUUAGAAGUUACUUUAUACAAACUUGUACAGUGCAAUUAUGUGUCUUAGACUCAGAGCACACAUCGAUAAAUUCUUCAAAAAGAAUGUUUGAUUCUUAUAAUUCCAGUUCAUUCACUUUAUUAACAAUUGCAAAAAUUUGAAUAGUUUCCCCGCACUAUGUUAUUUGUUUUCAGGUGUGUAUGAAUACAUUGCGUUUUCGGAUUUAUUGAUGUGUAAACUCUUGUUCAGCUUUAUUUUUGUCCAAUCAAAACAAUUGUAAUAAAUAACAUUGGAAUUAUUUUAAAGUAUGUUUUAUAUGAUUAGAUGCCUAAAUUGUGCCAUUUUUUAUCUGUUCAAAGCAUGCUGCUGACCAAGAAUUUUUAGGUCACCCUAGUCACUCUCAGAUGAACUAGUGUUGUUGGUCUUUGUUCGUCGCCAUGUGUUGUCGGCUAACAUUUUUCAUUUCCUCUUGAAAACAUAGACUAGGCUAAUGUUACCAAUAGGGCUGUGGAGUGAAAAUGUAUUAUAUUUCAUAAUUUUAUUAUUAUAUUGAAUCAAAUUCUAUAAAAUCUUUAUUUUCAGACAAGUGUGUGGAUAAAAUAAUUGCGUGGUCUAUGUAUGGGGUAUGGUACUCAGGUGAUCGUUAAGGCCUGUGGGCCACUUGUUUAUUACAUGUGCAUGUAACCAAAUUGUCAUAAAUACUGUUAUUCAUUUUGUGCAUAUAUGUACAUGUGUAUCCCGAACCAGAAAAUCAUGAAAUUAAUCAUACAAUACAAUUGACACAUCUCGA